GUUGUGCUAUGUAAUGAAAUAAAGAUAAAAAGAACAAAGAAAUAAAAAGAAAACGUAUGAACCAUGUUUCUUCAAAAAUCUAUAUUUAUACGCCUGUAAUUUACAAGAUGGUUAGGCCUUGCUUAUCAGUGCAAGCCCAAGAUAUCACACAAACAGCUACUUGUAAACAAAGGGAAUCCAAAAGUCAGCCACUUGACUUGAGGAGUUGGCUACUGGCUAUCAUCAAAGGAUAUUUACAAGGCAAAGCAGUCACCUAGGAAUGGAUCUGUGGUUCUCAUGUUUGGGGUGGGGUCUUCCCUUACCCUUCCUUUCUGACCUAACCAAACCUCAUUUCUUCUCCAUUCAACACCUUCAACACUCUCUCCUUCAGGUAAUCAAUCCUCCAAGGGCCAAUUUAUUUUUUGUAAGUAGGUUUACAUAAGGGUGCAUGUGGGGGCUCCUAAAUAUUGGAUUUAUAUGCUUUCCAGCUGCAAUUUCAAAACAACGGUGAAAAAUUGUGGGAUUGUCUUCCAUACUGGUUAUCAUUUCUAAACCAAUGCCUUCUAAAUACUAAGUUCUUAGAGUGAUUUUCGUUCCUAAUUAUCAUGGAGCUUCUUGUUAAAGAAUACAAUGGAAAUUCUAUUGCUUAAAGUGCUUCAAAAUGAAUUGAAGUAUCUUCCAUGGCUUACCUAGCAGUUUGGAAUUUUGACCUUUUUCUGGUGGACUGUCUAUUUCAGUUGUUCUUUAGUACAAUUUAACAUGAAAGAAUCCCUGGAUGCUAACUUAUAACAAAAAGUUCUAUCAGUAGGAUAAUUUUAGUUACUAUACAGUCAAAGUAGUGUAUUCAAUUGCUUGUUCUUCCUUCCUGCUGUACUUCUAAACCUAGUGGUUUUAAGGCAGCCUAAAUUGAACUCUAUGAAACUUAAUAUGAUGUAGCCAGAAAAAUUAGAUUACUAAAUACAUAAUCUGAAUGUACAACGACUUUAUAUCACUUGAGGUAUUUUGUGGUUUUAGUUAAAUGGAGAUCUAGCUGUUUUGAGUUCGCUGGGUUUUUCUGAACCUAAUUGGAUAUAAUAUGUAAGAUAUCAUAGUGCUAAUUGCAUAUCUCGUGACAUUCUUGUGCAUAAUUUAGCAGUAUUGGUAUGAUUUUGAGUAUGACCCUUCUCUCUAAAUUGUUCCGACUUUGUUGGCUAUUUUGUUUCAUAGUAGUUCUCAUUUCUCUGAUAGUGCAGGGAUGCUGGGAAAAUCGUUAGCUUCGUCUUUGAUGACAUUGGAUUCUGCGACUUCUUGUUUCUGUGUUCCUGAUGUUGCAACAUCUGCACCAAAUAUUGUACCAUUCAGUGUAACCCUCUCGAGUAGGCUCCCACAGACAGUGAUAGGGAGAGUUGGUAGCUCCCAUUUUUCUCCUCAUAAAUGGGCAAUAAAUGUAAACACAGAGGGAAAGACACGGGAAGCAUGCAGGCAAGCGUUGUCGGCAUUUGGUUUCACCGAUGAGGAGGAAGACAAGAUACUUGGAAAGGCAUUCGGGCACGUCCACUCCCCGUAUUGGGGUGAAGAACGCAAGAAGGAAGAACCGAGGUUCGAAAUUGUUAAUGAAAUAUUAGAAUACCUGAGAAGCCUAGGUCUGUCAGACGAUGAUCUGCGCAAAUUGCUGAAGAAAUUUCCUGAAGUUCUUGGAUGUGAUAUCGAACACGAGUUGAGAACAAAUGUACAGAUACUGGAAAAGGAUUGGGGAAUAAAAGGUAAAUCUCUUAAAAAUCUUCUUCUUAGGAAUCCCAAAGUGUUGGGUUACAAUGUGGAUUGUAAGGGAGAUUGUAUGGCGCAAUGUACUCGAUGCUGGGUGAGGUUCUAGCCUUCUUAAAAUUGAAUAUAUAUAUUUUUCAUACGAAGGGAGCAUAUAGAUGUGGUGGUGUUAAUUUUUAAGCUUCAUGUGAUUCUUCAAUAAUUGAAUGUAGUCUAAGCUACCUUUUGCCUCUUGAUAUCUAUUACCCUAAUCUUAUGUUUGGGUACAA